CACCACGCUGCCUGCAAUGGCCACAUCCAUUGCGUCUCUUUUUUGAUCAACUUUGGGGCCAACAUCUUUGCUUUGGAUAAUGACCUCCGCACUCCCCUGGAAGCAGCUGCCAGCAGGGACCGCAAGGAGUGUGUCCAGAUCCUGGACAAAGCUGCCACCACGCAGAGCAUGCUGAAUCCAAAGAAGGUUGCUAAACAAAAAGCACAGGCCCAGAGGAACGUUGAGAAACAAAUCAAGGAAUGUGAGAAGCGCCAAGAGAAACACCAGCAUGAAAUGAACAGGAAUUAUAUCAAAGAAAAGCUUGGCACGGUGAAUUCCUCCAGAGGAACACACUCCAGAGUAAAGUUGCCCGGUCUGUUUGCUUCCAAUACCACAAAUACUUUAACCAAAAACCUGAAAGAUACCUUGAAACUGAGGGCCAAAAAGGCAGCUGAGAGCACAAGCAGGCAGGGAACACAAAGAAGUGACGGAGAGGAUGGUACAGGUAGGAGAAAUGUGAUGCAUGUGUUCGAUGAGAAGGAGGAGGAGGAUGAAUUACUCAGUGACCUCGAAGAGAAAAGCUCUGACAGUCAGCUCUCCAUUUUCCAGCGGCCAGGUCUUGGCAAGAUUGUGUUUGGAAGGAAUUUGGCUGCAGAUGUAAAUCCUGAAGGAACUCUGUCUUCUGAGAAAGAAGGUCUAAGCUUUAAAAUAUCCAGGGAGCUCUUUCAGUAUGAAAACGCUGAGAAUGGCAGGGAAGAUGAUGCUGAAAAUGGUGAUGAUAACCCUUGGAAUGAGGAAGAAGUCAUUUGGGACGAUGAGGAAACAGAGAACACACCCCUUGAGGUAUUUCUGGCAUCACAGACGCUGGAUGAGUUUCUUCCAGUCUUCAUGAGGGAAAAAAUUGAUUUAGAUGCCCUGAUGCUAUGUUCUGAUGAAGAUCUACAGAGCAUUCAGAUGGAGCUUGGGCCGAGAAAGAAAGUCCUGAAUGCUGUGAAGAAAAGAAAACAGGCACUAGAGAACCCUGGAAAAACAGUAGAUACUUGCUUAUAA